AUGGGUGAUGUACUCUGUGUUAACUCCUAUCCUUGUGUUAUCUCCUUCAUCCUCUCAGUAAUCCCCUUUAGAAAUGAGAAAACUCAGGUUCAGAGAGCUUUGCAGAACCGGGAGACCCGGGGAGGAUGGUGCGUGGAGAGAAACCUACCCCUUAUCCCCACAAACGCAGCCCCCGCAGCCCGACGGAGGGCUUAUUUUGCGCCGCCAGCACCCACCUCCUCUCCGGGGGCCUGUGGCCUGCAGCCUCGCAGGCGGGCACGUGGCGGCUGCACCCCUGGGGGCCCAGCGCUUAGGCCGAGCCGGGGGCGGGCGCUGGCGAGCUGGGGCCACGGGGCGCACGGUGGCGGCGGCUGCUGUGCGAGGCUGGGCCGGGACUUGGGCGGACGCGGGACGCCGAGCGCACCGUCCCCUCCCCGCGCGGAUCCCACAGCGCAAGCCGAGGCCAGCGCGCCGCGGGCAGGUGAAGGCACGCCCAGCCCGGCCUUCCGGGCCCGCUCUCCCGGAGAGGAGGCGCUCUCCGCAGCUUUCCUGGGCCACGCGGGGCCGCGGGGCUGCUCCGCAGCGGGAGUGCGGGGAGCCCCUGGGCCCGCCGCCCGCGUCCUGCCCCGCUCUGGCCUCCUCUCCUCCCGCGCCUCGGCCGCCUGGUUUUCCGGGUUCCUCUGGAUGAGCCCAGCCCCUGCUCCAACAAGAUCCCUGGUGAUUGCUCUGCACGGUGACUUAGGGGGAAUGGCGAGCUACAGACGGGGUUGGGGGAGACGUGGCUGCACUCUCCCUCCUCUUCCACACUGCCCGCAUGAAGUUUAAACAGUGGCUGCAGUCACGAAUACGGUCCUGGGCAGGAAACGUGCGGGCAGACAGACAGGUAAGA